AUGUCGCGCCAGGAGAAAGAUGCGCUGCUGGCGCUCUUCAACUCCUUCAGACCCUCGCGGAGGGUCACGUCGUUCGAGCAGCUUAGCGAUGGCAAGGUCCUCAUGGAGGUGCUUCAUCAAAUCGAUGCGACACACUUCAAGAGUGGGCCGAAACCUCGCCCCGGCUCGAUGUCGGGCGCUGUCAACGACAACUGGGUGCUCAAGAUGAACACUCUUGCGCCGACACUUGAGGUCACCUCCCUGCAUGAGCCGAACUUCAACGCUAUCGCCCGAAACCCGCGGAGCGCUGAGGGCUCCGCCGGUCUGCUGCAGAUCUCUCGGUUCUGUGUGGCCGUGGGUGCCAUGGGUCCGUCCAACGAGCGUGUCAUUGCCAAAAUCCAGGCACUCGACGAGGGCUCGAUGGUCGAGCUCAUGAAAACCAUCGAGGGCGUCAUGGCGACAUUGCCGGCACCAGUCGAAGACCCGUCCAAGGCUGACGAGAUCUCUCCACCCUUCACCGCCGUUCGUAACGAGCGCGACAAACUGAUUUCCGAAAAUGAAGAGCUCCGCGCUCGCUGCGAUCAGCUCACAGAGCAAGUGUCUUCCCUUGCGAAGCAAAUGGAUGCGGCCAAGCAGGAGCAGGAGGCCGAGCACCGUGCCUCCGUUGAUUCCGCCACUGCUCGUGCCACUGCGGCCGCACAGAGUGCCGGAGAAGCCGAAUUGCUGCGGGCGGACCUCCAACGAGCAGAGGAUGGGUUAGCGCAGACCGAGGCCGAGCUCGAAAAGCAAACGGCUAUCAUUGCCGAGCUGACCCGAAACUGCGAAGAGCUGAAAGCGACUGCAUCGGAGGUCAGCCGAUUGCGUGAGCAGGUCGAGGAGUCCAAGCAGGUCGAGGAGAGGCUGCAUCGCAGCGAAAAUGUGAUUGAGAAGUACAAGAAGAAGCUUGAAGACUCGGCGGGCGUGCGCAAGGAGUUGCGGCAACUUGAGCAAGAGAACGCCGCCCUGAUCGACAAGAACUCGGCCCUCGAGGUGGACCUUCGGAAACUCAGUGCUUCCCGAGCGAUGGUCGACAAUUACCGCGCCCAAGUCGAGGCUCUCGAGAAGAGAGUCAAUGAGCAGGCCGAGGAGUUCGCUCACCUCACCGUCCAGUUGGAGGAGGCGCAAACCAGCGAGCGCAUCAAGGAGCUGGAGUAUGCCCCGGCUCGUCGCGAGUCGGCCAUCUCCAACGAAGGCGACAUGUCCCUUAAGGUGGAACUUGAAGCCGACGAUGUAAUUGAGGCUCUCAGCAAGCCGCAGCUGCGCUUGCGCAUCCGAGAGCUUGAGCGGAAGCUCGCCAAUGCGAAGGGCUCUGGGGACGACAGCGACCGCGUGACGACUCUGGAGGGACUCCUUGCCGAUGCCUCCAAAGCUCGUGAGCGUUACCAGGCCGACUACCUGGAAGCGAACCGCAACAUGUUGCUCGCCCAGGCAAAGCUUGAGCACAUUCUCUCUGGCAAGGCUGGAGAUGCCAAGCAGACUGCUUCGGCCAUGCAGCAGAAGCUGGACGACAUGGCCGAGGAGCGGGAGAAGCUCUACCGGGACACGCAAGCCGCCGAAGACGCUCACGCCGACCUCGUCCGACAACUCACCGCUGCCAAGGCUGAUCUCGCUCUCGUUGAUAAGGACAAGCGUUCGAUUAUUAGCAGCGCCCGUGAUGAGGCCAAGACGGAGACCGCCAAGUUCAGCGAACAGGUCAAUAACCUGCAGGAGGAGAUCGCCCUGCUGCGCGAGCGCGACAGGCUCCACCUCGAGGAGAUCCGCCGCCUUAUGGUCGACAAGAUUGAACUUCAGAGUGCUGGGUUCGAGCGCAGACUUAGCGAGGCGCGCUCUUCGCUUGGCGGAACCCUUAGCCCCAAGUCGGCCGAGCGAGAUGGCCUCCAGAGGCGCAACGAUGAGCUGCUCACCGAGGUUGCCAAGCUCACUGACAAGCUCAAGAAGGCGCGUGCCUUCAUCAAGAACCAGGACGCCCUAUUCCGUGCCGAUCACGACAAGAGACUCGAGUCCGGUACGCAAGAGACCGCCAAGUCGUACGAGACCCAGAUCCAGCAGCUGCGCAACGAGCUCAGUGUUGCGAAGGUAGGUUUACUCCGUUUCGAAGUCGCUAACCGAUCCCAGCACAACGCACUUUCUCUUGACAGCCGAUACCGCCUUGAGCAGCAGCUCAUGCUCUCCGCUUGGCACGACUUGGGAGCCCGAGUUGUGCGCGACCACGUCGGCGCCGCUGGCUUACGCCGUCCUGUGCCACCACAUUCUACUUCCUCUACUUUAAAGCUCGCGCAUAUAGAAUUUGGGUAUGAAUCACUAUUGGAACCACCCUCUCAGCGUUUGGGGCGCUUGCAGCGACACCCCUUUCUGUCUGGCGAUUUGCCACCCAAGCUCGAACUUGGGCAACCAGGCACGGCUGGCCGGAGAGAUAAAGACGGCCACGUGGGUUUGCUUCCGGACGUUUUCCAAGUCCGCCAGAAAUCUCGGAACGCUCACCUGCACGAGAUCGAGCACACCGAAGUUGACAGCUUGCACCCCACCUCACUCGCCAUGGUCCUCUACGAGCUGUUCUGUAUCGCGUCGCACAACCCCCAGACGCCGCAAAACUUGCGCGGUCUUAUUCAGAACAUCGCCCGCAAGGUGCACCUCCAGGGCGGCGUUGUGCGGGAAGUCAAGGGUCUCGGUAUCGGUCUCACGCUGCCUGAGCGCAUGAAGCGAAACCAGCAGGCGCACGAUGUUGGAGAGUGA